AUGACAGUUAAGAAAAAACCAGAAGUGGAGGAUAGAAUUAGCGAGCUAUCAGAUGAUGUUCUAUGUCACAUUCUUUCCUUCCUUCCAACCAAGGAAGCCAUUGCCACCUCUUUGUUGUCCACAAGAUGGAGAUUUGUGUGGACCAUGUUGCUCUUGUGCAAAUUUAAUUUCAAGAGGCAGCUCCUUUUCCCUCCAACCCCUUACUCAUUUUUCAGUCGAUGCUCCCACUCAUGGAGCACCCUCAGAGCUUCUGUGCCAGUCCCUCAUGAAACCCAUUUCAGGGACCCUUACACUAUUCAUUUGUUUUGUGCCAAUGCUCUCAAAGUCUCUGCCAAAAGGGCCCUUCUCCCUGAAGGGAAACAGCUACAUGCCCAUUUGAUAAAGUUUGGAUUUUCCCACAUUCUGUCCCUACAAAAUCAGAUUUUGACCUUUUAUCUUAAAUGUAAGGAAACUGAAGAUGCAGAGAAGCUGUUCGAGGGAUUGCCUGUGAGAAAUGUGGUGUCGUGGAACAUUUUGAUUCGCGGUAUUGUUGGAUGUGGCAAUGCAUAUGAAAAUGACUCGAAUCCACAGCUUUGUUUUUCUUAUUUUAAAAGGAUGCUGUUGGAAAUGGUGGUUCCGGAUGGUACAACUUUUAAUGGUCUCAUUGGUGUUUGCGUUAAGUUUCAUGAUAUUGACGUGGGUUACCAGCUGCAUUGUUUUGUAGUGAAACUAGGACUUGAUUUAGAUUGUUUUGUGGGAAGUGUUCUUGUUGAUUUGUAUGCAAAAUGUGGUUUAGUUGAGAAAGCAAGGAGGGUUUUUCAUGUUGUUGUGCAAAGAGAUUUGGUUAUGUGGAAUGUGAUGAUUUCUUGUUAUGCCUUGAAUUGUUUACCAGAAGAGGCUGUUGGCAUGUUCAACUUGAUGAGAUCGGAUGGUGCAAAUGGGGAUGAGUUCACUUUUAGCAGCCUGCUAAGUAUAUGUGAUACUUUGGAAUAUUAUGAUAUUGGAAAGCAGGUUCACAGUCAUAUUCUAAAACAGUCAUUUGAUUCAGAUGUGUUAGUAGCUAGUGCAUUGAUCAACAUGUAUGCGAAAAAUGAAAAUAUAAUUGACGCGCGCAAACUAUUUGAUAGGAUGGUGAUUCGAAAUGUUGUGACAUGGAACACAAUUAUUGUUGGGUGUGGAAAUUGUGAAGGGAAUGAUGUUAUGAAGCUUUUCAUAGAGAUGCUUCGCGAAGGGUUUUCCCCUGAUGAACUGACUAUUUCCAGCACUUUAAGUUCAUGUGGCUAUGCAUCUGCCUUCACCGAAACAAUGCAAGUUCAUGCUUUUGCUGUUAAAUCAUCAUUUCAAGAAUUUUUAUCCGUUGCCAAUUCUCUGAUAAGUGCGUACUCCAAGUGUGGUAGUAUUGCUAGUGCAUGUAAAUGCUUUAGAUUAACUGCAGAACCCGAUCUUGUUACAUGGACUUCAUUGAUAAACGCAUAUGCAUUCCAUGGUCUUGCCAAAGAAGCAAUUGAAAUGUUUGAGAAGAUGCUAUCUUGUGGAGUAACACCGGAUCCAAUUUCUUUUCUUGGUGUUCUCUCUGCUUGUUCUCAUUGUGGCCUUGUGGCUAAGGGACUUCACUACUUUAACCUGAUGAUCAGUGUGUAUCAGAUUGUUCCUGAUUCAGGUCACUAUACUUGCCUUGUUGACCUUCUUGGACGAUAUGGUCUUGUAAAUGAGGCUUUUGAAUUGUUGAGGUCAAUGCCAAUGGAAGCUGAAUCAAAUGUGUUGGGAGCAUUUAUUGGAUCUUGCAAUCUGCAUGCAAAUAUUGGACUGGCUAAAUGGGCUGCAGAGAAGCUCUUCAUCAUAGAGCCAGAGAAGAAUGUUAACUAUGCAGUCAUGUCUAACAUUUAUGCUUCUCAUAGACAUUGGUAUGAUGUGGAAAUAGUUCGAAGAUUGAUGGGGAACAAGUGUGAUGCGAGAGUCCCUGGUUGCAGCUGGAUAGAGAUUGGUAAUCAAGUUCAUUUGUUUGUAUCCAAUGAUAAGACUCACCCUAAUGCUGUAGAAAUGUAUGCUACGCUGAAAAUGCUGCUUUGGCCAAUGAAGGAAAAAUAUGGUAUGAAUUUAUAAAGGAUGUAUGAUCUACAUAAUUUGUACUUGCAUGGAUUAUCCAAUACGACAAAAUUUAAAUGUUAGCAUAAGUUACUCAAGUUAUACAGUAAGUAAUUAUCA